CUUCUCCGGGGUGCAUUAACCCUGUAUUUGUCCUUGACCAGUAGCAGGAAGCUAAGAUGGCGGCCGCCUUAGUGAAGAGUCUCAGCUCCAGUUUGGGGAAAAAUCUUCGGGAGCUUCGCGUACACCUUUGUCAAACCUCCGCGGCCAGCAUGGGAGCCAGAGACUUUGUGGAGCAGCACUAUGUGACUCUGAAGAAGUCCAACCCAGACUUUCCCAUCCUCAUCAGAGAGUGUUCUGGAGUCCAGGCCCGACUCUGGGCCAGAUACGAACAUGGGAAAGAGCAAAGCAUCUCGGUGGAAAAUGCUUCUGUUAAUCAGGUGGCCAAAGCUCUGCAGACUCUGGUUCAGGCCAGACAUUAACCGCCUACCUAAUGUGUUGAUGUAAAUAAAUAUUAUUAUUAAUGUCA